AUGCCGCUGGGGCAGGAUGGGCCCAGCUGGAAGAAGAGGAUAGAGGAUAUUCAGCGGAUCUAUGAUUUCCGAGACGUCCUGGGCACGGGGGCCUUCUCCGAAGUGGUCCUGGCGGAGGAGAAGACGACGCGGAAGCUUGUGGCCAUCAAGUGCAUUGCCAAGAAGGCACUGGAGGGAAAGGAGACCAGCAUUGAGAACGAGAUUGCCGUCCUCCACAAAAUCAAGCACCCCAAUAUUGUGGCCUUGGAUGAUAUCUACGAGAGUGGCACCCACCUCUACCUCAUCAUGCAGCUGGUCUCGGGGGGGGAACUCUUUGACCGCAUUGUGGAGAAGGGCUUCUACACUGAGCGGGAUGCCAGCGCCCUGAUCCGGCAGAUCCUCGAUGCUGUCAAAUACCUGCAUGACAUGGGUAUCGUCCACCGUGACCUGAAGCCCGAGAACCUGCUCUAUUACAGCAUGGAUGAGGACUCCAAGAUCAUGAUCAGUGACUUCGGGCUGUCGAAGAUCGAGGGCUGUGGCAGUGUCAUGUCCACAGCCUGCGGCACCCCUGGCUAUGUGGCCCCUGAGGUGCUAGCACAGAAGCCCUACAGCAAAGCAGUGGAUUGCUGGUCCAUCGGAGUAAUCGCCUACAUCCUGCUCUGUGGUUACCCCCCUUUCUAUGAUGAGAAUGAUGCCAAGCUCUUUGAGCAGAUCCUGCAGGCGGAGUACGAGUUUGACUCACCAUACUGGGAUGAUAUCUCAGACUCAGCCAAGGACUUUAUCCAGCACCUGAUGGAGAAGGACCCUGGCAAGCGAUUCACCUGUGAGCAAGCCCUGCAGCAUCCCUGGAUUGCUGGGGACACAGCCCUGGACAAGAACAUCCACCAGUCAGUGAGUGAGCAGAUCAAGAAAAAUUUUGCAAAAAGCAAGUGGAAGCAAGCUUUCAAUGCCACGGUGGUGGUGAGACACAUGAGAAAGCUGCAGCUGGGAACCAGCCAGGACGUCCCUGGGCAGACAACUCCCACCAGCCCUGGUGAACAAUUAGUCGGGGGGACCAGCAAUGGGUCAGAGUGUGAGCGCCUACCCCCAAGAAGAGUUCAGCAUCUCCCACCAGACUGAGCAUGGCCCCACAUAGCUGCCUCCAAGUGGGCCCAGGGG